UUUCUAAAAUUCACAGUGGUUCUUUGCAACAAGCUCAGAUUUCUUUUUUUCUCUGUCCAAAAGAAGAAGGAAAAAAAAAAAAAGAAAAACACCCCACAUUUUCCUUUUUGUUUCUCUGAUUCUUUCAUACCACAUUUGCAAUCUAUUGUGCAAGGACAGAAGAAACAAGCAAAUGAAAAUGAUGGAAAGUAGUGAAGAUGACAGGAAAUGCAGUGAUAAGAAGAUGGAAUUAGGAGAUGAUGGUGUAAAGACAGUAGAGUGCUUAAGAGGAAGACUUCUUGCAGAGAGACAAGCUUCAAAGACUGCAAAAGAGGAUGCUGAGCGCAUGAGCAAUAAGUUGGUAGAGCUAGAGAAGAUGCUGAAAGAAGAGAUCAGAUUGAGGAACAAAACUGAAAAGAAGCUCAAAUUCCUUAAGGAGAAGCUUGAGGCUCUAAACAUUUCAUCAAUUUUGGCGGAGUCAGAGCAGUCAAGUAGUGAAGUCUCUAGUAGUACUACUAAUGAAUUAUCAGAAGAAAAUUAUUCUGAUUUUCAGGUUACAAACUCAGUAACCAGUUCACAAGAAUCAAGUCAAAAUCCCUCAAAGAACUACAUUGCUAAGGAAAGUCAUGAAAAAAUUCCUCACCACAAUGAAGACAAUAGUCCAAUUGGCCAAGAUACUACUACUAGCAUUUCAAGUUCUGGUUCCCCAGAAGAUUUCUUUGACAACCCAAGUUGCAAAUAUGAAGAUUCCAAGUCUGAACAUAAUAGCUCUGCAGAGUUGAAAUCUCCAGCAGCAGAUAAUGAAAUCAGUGGUGAUGAUCAUGAGGAUUGUGUGGACAAUUCACUUGCACUAGUUCCAAUGAGUUUGCCCGAUCAAUCUCUAGUGGCGGCGGCCUCCAAGAGCAGCAAGGAAGUGAAGCCUGUUCAUCACAAUGUUGCUGAAGUUCUUCACUCACUGAAGUACAUCAGAGAAAAUAUUCAAAAAUCAAAGGAGAUCAGACGUAUGGUUAGAGUUGGAUCUGAAUAUCUUCAUUUGGAAAAUGAAUGUGAAAAAACAUCGUUUAUAUUGGUAAAGUUUCUACUUUUAUUUUUUUGGGGGGCAGAAAAAAAAAUGGUUAAACCUUGUUGGAAACAACCUUCUGUGGAUGGAGAUGAAUCUGGUGGGAGAAUUGAUGGGUUGAUGUGGUACAAGGAUCUGGGAAGUCAUGCUUAUGGCGUUUUUUCAAUGGCUGUGAUUCAAGCCAAUGCUGUGUUGGAAGAUCAAAGUCAGCUUGAAUCUGGGCCGUUGAGUUCCACAAGUUCAGGUCCUCAAGGGACCUUUGUUGGGGUCUAUGAUGGCCAUGGAGGACCGGAGGCUUCCAGAUUUGUUAAUGACAAUCUUUUCCGCAAUCUUAAGAGAGUGGCAUCUGAGAACCAAUGCAUAUCGGAACGAGUUAUCAAGAAGGCUUUUUUGGCCACAGAAGAGAGCUUUCUCUCUCUUGUUGAGAAACAGUGGCAUAGCAGACCCCAAAUUGCUUCAACUGGGACAUGUUGUUUGGUGGGAAUAAUAUGCAACGGGAUGAUAUACAUUGCAAAUGUUGGAGAUUCUCGGGCGAUUUUGGGGAGAGAGGAAAGGGCAACUCAUGAAGUCAGAGCUAUUCAGUUAUCCGCAGAGCACAAUGCAAGUAUACAAUCAGUGAGAGAGGAAUUGCAGGCAAUGCAUCCGUAUGACUCGCAGAUUGUUGUGUUAAAACACAAAGUUUGGCGUGUGAAGGGGCUCAUACAGGUUUCAAGAUCCAUUGGUGAUGCAUAUUUAAAGAGGUCAGAAUUCAACAGAGAGCCUCUAUUGCCUCGGUUUAGACUUCCCGAACCUUUCUUCAAGCCAAUCCUUAGUUCAGAGCCAUCAAUAACAGUAGAGAAACUCAGCCGGCAAGAUAAAUUUCUCAUUUUUGCUUCUGAUGGCCUAUGGGAGCAUCUUACCAACCAGGAGGCGGUCGAUAUUGUCAACAACUAUCCACGUAAUGGAAUUGCCAGGAGGCUUGUUAAAUCUGCGCUCGUGGAAGCAGCUAAGAAAAGAGAGCUGAGGUACUCUGACCUGAAAAAGAUCGAACCGGGGGUGAGACGCCAUUUUCACGAUGAUAUAUCGGUCGUAGUUGUGUUUCUCGACCCCCAUUUGAUCAAUGAGAACUUCCUCCGCAGCUCCCCUGUUUCCAUAAGGGGAGGAAUCCCUGCCCCUGCCAAUUCCUAACAGGGGGUCACUCAUUUUCUAGCUAUCUUCAAGUUUGUCGAACGGUGAUUACAGUACUAGAUUGCUCGAAAAUCUCGAGCUUCUCAUAGUAAGAGAAACUAUCCAUACAACGAAAUAUACCUGGAUCCUAGGCUUGAUGGCUUGGAAGCACACACUAUGAGACCUACUCAAAACUCACUAGGAGGACUUGGUAGGAAAACCUUGGACUUGCCUGCAUCUUUCCCUGCUGUCUUGUAGAUAAACUUUUACACAUUGUUGAUCUAAAAAUGUAUGAUUUCUUCUUCUUCGUAAUAGAUAAAAGUUCUCAUUCUUGUAAUCUCAACCUUUUUCUUUACCCCCUUAAAUGUUUAGAUGACAAUAUCAAGAGCUCAUCUCUAGUCCCGCAUUAUGUGUACAGUUUCACGUUCUCCGUUCACCAUCAUUUUCAUUUGAAAGAGAGAUAA